CUUUUCCUUCGGCUGCCUGACCGGCCAACCCGAAAAAGAUGUUUCGAAUUGGACUCAAAUUUUCGUGCAACGGUCUUAAUGGGGUAAAAAAACACGCCUGCUCUAGGUUAUAUCUAACUGCCAGGUACUACGAAACGCGUACUCGUGUCAAAUGUGAACCGGAGGGAAGGUUUUGCAAAGAUGUCAGACUUACGUCCAGACUUUCUGGACAUAAGUACUCAACCGAUUCCAAAAGAAGUGAGAAGAGCAAAAGUUCCGGUACGUUGGUUACUUUAGGAGCCUUAACUAUCGGGACCAUAGGUGUUUUGGCUUUUGCGAAGAGUAAUCCAGAGUUUCGAGCAACAUUAGAAGGAUGGAUACCAGGAACGGACAAAACAAUACGGAUCAUCUUUCAAGAGGACUCCAAUUACUUGGAAUUAAUCCUCACACGUUUAGAUGCUCUGAAGCAGAAAAUAUCAAACAUAACUUCCGUUUUCUACAAAGGCUCAUCGGAAAAAGAAGAACCAGCACCAAAACCAGCUUUUGUAGAACUGGUAAACAAAAAGGAACCACCUGCUAAAGAACCUUUUGCCGAAAUUCGCGUAAGCAAAGAAACUAAAGAAAAACAGGAACAUAUUCAAGGCGUUACCGAAAAGCCAACACCGCCAUCUAAAGAAGUUCCAAAAGAAUUGAUGCCAGAAAGUCUUGUCGAGUUGGAAAAAUCUUGUGGUCAAACAGCAGCGAAAGCUAUUGCUGCUUAUAAUACAGCAAUAUGUGCAUUAAAGGAUUAUAAUAAUGAUGUAAUUAAAGUUGUAGAAAGUAUUGACUCGUCCGCACCUGCCAGUAUUUGGAACAGAUUAAAAGAAGCUACAGAAAAAAGAACGCAAGCGUUGCACGAGGCAGAGGAACAUGCUACCAAAGUUUUGGAUUCGCUCAAAAAAAUGUAUUAUUCGAUAGAUGAUCCAAAACUCGAUGCACCGGCUCAUGUUAAAACUGCAGCUAGAAGAAAUGUUAAACAAUUGUUGGAUGAUCUCGACGAUGUCAAAAAGAAAUUUGAAAAUGAAUUGGAACAAGGAAACAUUACCGAACGUUAUUGGAAACAAGUUAGAGCAGCUCGAGAGAAAUUCAGCGAGGAAUUAUAUAUUUUAUUUCCUAGUAUAAAUCUUGACGAAAAGAAACUUUCUGUCAAGGAAGAACAGUUUGAUCUUUUCGUUUUACACAUGUACAAUACAAUGCUUUAUCUUCAAAAAGAACUAGAAAAACUACAGACAAUUCAUACUGCCAGAGUAAAAGCCGCCCUAAGAGCAUCGAAGGAAGAUUUCACGGAUGAAAAAAUCAAUGAAUUAGUGACCCUAGAAAUAGAAAAAGAAAAACGUGAUCUCGAAGAAAAAUUCAAUAAAAAGUUACUAAUGGAACAACAAAAGUUCGACGAGGAGUUAAGAAGACAAUUGAAGUUACAUUCGCAGAUUCAUGUAGAUCAUUUGAGAGAGGCACUUUCGGUUAAAGAAAAAGAAAUGAUCAGAGCAAUGGAACGUGCUUUGAGCGAACAGUCCGAAGAAGAAGCGAUGAAGUAUAAGGCUCAGCAAGCACCGAUCGUUGGCAGGUUACGUGGUUUGGAAACUGCCCUUAAAGCACGCAUUGAGGAAGAAAAAGGUGCGUCUAACGCUCAACUUUUGUGGUCAGCUUGCAUGGCAUUAGCCAGAGCAGUGAAGAUCACGUCUAAAGGUUCAUCGUCAAAUGAAUCAACUAUAAGGCCUCUGGAACCGGAAAUUAAGGCCAUCGCCAAGGCAGCGUCGAAGGAAGAUCCAUUGGUUCGUGCUGCAAUCGCAGGUAUUCCCGAGGAAGCUGCAAAGAGAGGUGUUUAUCCGGAAGAUACUCUUCGUAAGAAGUUCCUCGAUAUUGAGAAACAAGCUAGAAGAUUAGCCUUGGUACCGGAAGAAGGUGCAGCAUUACCAAUUCACCUACUCAGUUAUCUUCAAAGUGCUUUGAUCAUCAACACAAGUAUUCCCAAAAAUGAAAUCGAAGAUGGUCUCAUUGACGUUGAUUCUCUCAACACUUACGACAUACUUCAACGUGCAAGGUAUUGGCUAGAUCGAGGAGACUUCAAGAUGACAUUACGUUAUAUGAAUUUAUUGAAAGGUGCACCAAGAUCCAUAGCAAGAGAAUGGAUGAAAGAAACGAGAAUUUUGUUGGAAACUCAACAGGCUAUCGACACUUUGAUGGCAUACGCCGGUGUUACUGGUCUUAUGUUUAUCGGUCCUGCUACUGCUGCUAACUCGUCCAAGCAAUCAACCGGACAAAAGUAAAUAUAACCGGAUAAAUGUCGGACAUGAUCGAGAAGGAAA